AUGACGGCCUUCCGUGGUACCUUCAAGCGUUAUUCCUACCGGAUUCACUUACUAUUAUGGUGUUUCAAAACUUUCUUAGGAACACACUAUAGAUUUGAUUUGAACUUGCCAGAGGAACAGAACUUGGAUAUUGAUCAUGAAGCCCCAUCAUACCUCUCAGACGGACCAAGGAAGCGGACAUAUGAACAAGUGCAACCUUCUAGUUUCAACUCCGCUGCAAGUAGUACUUUCUCAUCGCACGCUCAGGCCGGCCAAGCUAGUUCAGAUUUUAUCGACCCGUUCACGGCGCAACGCGAGGUGAACAAGAAGCGCUUGAAGGACCAAGCUUUAGACGCUGCAGACAGUUCGAUGGUAGCAAGUGAAAUAAGCCAAAUGUCUACUGGCAUUGUCGGUCAUCAAGGUUACCAGCAAGCUGCCCGGCGGCGGGCAAGCGGUCAUCCGGUCGAAGUAACUCUCCUAAAAUUCAGUGAUUGUUUUGAUAAUGAGAUCCAUUCGAAGGAAUUUGACUGUGUCGUCGGCGGCUCUCCUUCAAUUGACAAACACCCAACCGUACCAGAGGGAGACAUUCGUUCAAGAAAGGGUGCAAGAGAUGCAAUGAACCGUCUGGUUUCACUCUACAGCUUCCUGGUAGCAUCAAUAUACCAGCUCCACAGUGAAUAUCUCAACCAGCUCAGCAUCACCACAUUUGAUUACAAGGUGCAGCAAGAGAAAAUAUUAGACUGGUUGAGCAAAAAGGUCCUUGAUCCGAAUGAUGGUCUUCCAUCACUGAGAGUUGCCUAUUCGCAACCGGAUUUAAACUGGGGCUCAGAUGACACUUACCAAAUGAAUAACCAGCCUAUGAAGGCCAUAUUGAUCAAAUACUUCUCUCAGUCUCAGAGGCGCAAAAAUCCACUUUUAAAAACGGCUGCGGCUUAUCUACUGAAAACUUACCUAGAUCAGCACCCAAGUGAGUCCAUCUAG